AUGGGCAAUCACACCACAGUGAAUGUGUUCUUUCUAUGGGGGUUUUCCAGUUUCCCAGAAAUGCAGACUCUUCUCUUCAUAGUGAUUUUCUCUUCCCAUGUGACAAUCUUACUCGCAAAUUUCACCAUAAUGGUGGUCAUCAAACUCAGUCAGAACCUUCACACCCCCAUGUACUUCUUCCUCUUUGGUCUCUCCCUUUCAGAAACAUGUACUACUAUGGUUAUCAUCCCCCGAAUGUUAGCAGACUUGCUUUCAGAAAGCAAGACCAUUUCUUUUCCUGAGUGUGCCACACAGAUGUUUUUCUACUUUGGUUUAGGAGGAAAUAACUGCUUCAUCUUGGCUGCCAUGUCCUGUGACCGUUACGUUGCUAUCCAUAACCCACUGCAUUACCCCAUGCUGAUUACAAGGGUGAUCUGCUUUCAGCUCAUGAUGGCCUCUGUUGUGGUUGGAUUCCUAGUUUCCCUGUGCAUUGUCAUCAUAGUAUUCAAUAUGUCUUUUUGUAACUCUAGCACUAUCCGGCACUUUUUUUGUGACAUUGCACCUGUAGCCUCUCUUGCUUGUAAUUACACAUUUUUUCAGAAAAUGGUUCUGCUUGCAUUCACUGCCUUUGUAUUAGUGGGCAGCUUUGUUUUAGUGAUGAUUUCCUAUGUCUUCAUUUUGUCCAUAGUUGUGAAGAUGCCUUCUGCAAAAGGGAGGUAUAAGGCCUUCUCAACUUGCUCCUCUCACUUCACUGUGGUCUCCAUCCACUACGGAUUUGCGUGCUUUGUCUAUUUGAGGCCCAAGAAUAGUGACAGUGACUCCUUCAGUGAAGAUACACUGAUGGCUGUGGCAUACACAGUGCUGACACCUCUGCUGAACCCCAUUGUUUAUAGUCUCAGGAACAAAGAAAUGCAAGUAGCUCUGAGGAAAGUACUAGACAAAAUAAUUGAUAAAUAA